AUCCGAAGUUUUGAUUCUCAGCUGGUAGUUUAGCUGUGGCUAAUAUUAGUUUCCUUUUCCGGAAGCAUUGCUGUGGAAGUUGAAUCCUUUUAAAUAUUUUAUGUCUAUUCACAGGAGUGUAGGCACAAUCAAACAGAACAAACUUGGCACCAUCAUAAAUAAGGAGAAAGAGAGACAGCAGCAGCUUCCUCUCUUAGCUGCUAGUGCUGGUGCCCAGAGUGGUGAGCGGCUUUGUGCCUUUAGAGAUUCAUAUUCCCGCUCUGAGCCUCAGGGCAUUAGUGAGGAACGUAUUAACCGGGACAACGGCACUGUCUUGUGUGAGAAGGGAAGUCAGUGUUAUGGACUGUGGGAAAAGAUGCAGGAUGGAGGGAUCCGCAUGAUGAAACAAGGCUGCUGGGCUCAUGUUGGUGAUAAGGAGGACUGCUGUUCCCCAGAGUGUGUGGUGGUAAACCACAGACAAAAUGGGACCUUCCGCUUCUGCUGCUGUAGUACCGACAUGUGCAAUGUCAAUUUCACCGAGAACUUUGUCCCACUGCCUGACCCGACGGAAACAGUACCACCCAGUACUUGGAGACCACACUAUAAGGAGGAGACAAUUGUAAUUGCAUUGGCAUCGGUAUCAGUUGUAGCUGUUCUGAUUGCAGCUUUCUUCUUUGGGUAUAGAAUGCUCGCAGGGGACAGGAAGCAUGGACUUCACAGCAUGAACCUGAUGGAGGCUGCACCUUCUGAAUCAUUCCUGGACUUGGACAGUCUAAAAUUGCUUGAGGUGAUCGGGCGGGGUCGCUAUGGUGCAGUAUAUAAAGGGUCAUUGAAUGAACGCCCUGUUGCUGUGAAAAUCUUCAGUGCCUCAAACCGUCAGAACUACAUCAAUGAAAGAGACAUAUACAGGCUCCCGCUGAUGGAGCAUGAGAACAUAGCACGCUUCAUAGUUGGCGAGGAAAGAAUAUCGAGUGAUGGCAGAACAGAGUAUAUGCUGGUGAUGGAGUACUAUCCCAAUGGCUCGUUAUGCAAGUACCUGAGUCUACACAGCAAUGAUUGGGUUAGUUCCUGUAGGCUGGCACAUUCCAUCACCAAGGGCCUUGCUUACCUUCACACAGAACUGCUACGAGCUGAUCAGUAUAAGUCAGCCAUUACACAUCGGGACCUCAACAGCAGGAAUGUGCUGGUGAAGAAUGAUGGCACUUGUGCCAUCAGUGACUUUGGCCUUUCCAUGAAAUUGACUGGUAAUCGACUGGUUCGACCUGGGGAGGAGGAUACUGCAGCCAUCAGUGAGGUUGGCACAAUCCGUUACAUGGCACCUGAAGUGCUAGAGGGAGCUGUAAACCUGCGAGACUGUGCCUCUGCUCUCAAGCAGGUGGAUAUGUAUGCACUAGGCCUCAUCUACUGGGAAAUAUUUAUGAAGUGCACAGAUCUUUUCCCAGGAGAGUCAGUGCCUGAAUACCAGAUGGCUUUCCAGGCAGAGGUGGGGAACCAUCCUACUUUCGAGGAUAUGCAGCAUUUGGUCUCUCGGGAGAAGCAGCGACCCAAAUUUCCUGAAGCUUGGAAAGAGAACAGCCUGGCUGUUCGGUCACUGAAGGAAACAAUGGAUGACUGCUGGGACCAGGAUGCAGAGGCUCGGCUCACAGCUCAGUGUGCAGAAGAGAGAAUGGCAGAGCUAAUGGUUAUGUGGGAUCGAAACAAGUCUGUGAGUCCAACCGUCAAUCCUAUGUCACAGUUUACAACAACAGCUAUGCAGAAUGAACGAAACCUUUCACACAGUCGGCGAGUGCCAAAGAUGGGACCCUACCCCGAUUAUUCCUCUUCCUCAUACAUUGAAGAUUCCCUUCACCAUUCUGAAGGCAUGGUAAAAAACAUCUCCACAGACAACUCCACAUCUGGAACCCCAUCGACUGCCAGUGAGAAGAACCGUAACUCUAUCAAUUAUGAAAGGCAGCAGGCUCAGGCUCGUAUCCCUAGCCCGGAAACUAGUGUCACUAGUUUGUCAGCAACAACCACCACCACAAAUACUGCAGGCCUCACUCCUAGCACUGCCAUGUCCACCAUAUCAGAGACGCAAUACUCCGAGGACACUAACACACAAGCAGCAAAUUUGCUGUCAUCCCUGGGCCCCACCCCAGUGUGUCUGCAGCUGACUGAAGAAGACCUUGAGACCAACAAGCUAGAUCCUAAGGAGGUGGACAAGAACCUCAAGGAGAGUUCAGAUGAAAACUUGAUGGAGCACUCCCUGAAGCAGUUUAGCGGGCCAGAUCCUCUUAGCGGAAGCAACCCCAGUUUAUUGUACCCUCUAAUAAAGCUGGCAGCUGAAGUAACCGGGCACCAGGAUUUCUCACAGCCGAGCACCAGUCAGGUCUGCUUGAUCCCUGACAUCCCAGCCACUCAAAUGUACCCCCUACCCAAGCAACAGAACAUCCCCAAGAGACCUACUAGCCUUCCUCUCAACACCAAAAAUGUGUCAAAGGAAUCGCGGCUGAAGUUUGGCGGUAAGCACAAGUCCAAUCUCAAGCAGGUGGAGACUGGGGUGGCAAAAAUGAAUACCAUAAAUGCAGGUGAGCCCCAAGUAGUAACUGUCACAGCGAAUGGCAUCGCUGGAAGAUGCCAUGCAGGGAACCCACAUCCAGUGGUCAAGCAAUAUGUUAACGGCUCAGUGUCCAGUCCUCAGACGUCCAAUUCAUCAAGUCACCGGAGCCACGAGAUCCUCCAGUCCCAGUUUAGUGGCGACGACAGCAGAGUGAACAUAAACUCCAGCCCAGAUGAGCAUGAGCCACUCCUGAGGAGGGAGCAACAGGCCACACGUGAUGACAUUAUUGUCGAACGGCUAAUGGACAGGAGAGACCGACCACUUGAUCAGGGGAGGACAAACUCCAACAAUAAUAACAGCAAUCAGUGCACUGUGGCAGAGGGAGCACUGACCGACAGCCAGGAUCACCAAAUGGUGCCAGUAGCACGGCGACAAGGGAGGAGAGCUGAGCGGCCAAACUCGCUCGAUCUUUCAUCAGCCAAUGUUUUGGACAGCUGUAGUAUACAAUGUGAGACGACGCAGGAGAAUAAGCAAGCCUCCUCUGGAGACAAGAUCAAAAAGCGAGUUAAAACUCCGUAUUCCCUAAAGAGAUGGCGACCUUCUACGUGGGUCAUUUCAACAGAACCCAUUGAUGGUGAGGUCAACAACAACAGUGGUGCAGUGGGGCGCUCAAAAUCCAGCACCACCGUUUACCUAGUCGAGGGUGGCAGCGGGGUCACUGCCACAGCAACAGUUGGCAGAGAAACAGGAGUGAACUGCCUGUGAAUCCUUGACUUUUACUUUAUACUUAGUAAUGAAAAAGAGAGAAGAAACAAAUCUGAAGGGACAGCUAUUCCACCCUUGACUCCCCACCCGACUGCCCUUUCCCCAAUCAAGACUUGCUUUAGAGAUCAGCUAUGCAGCAGAAGCUUAGAAUAUUUAAUAUUUGAGAGCUUUUUUUGUUUGUUAUUUUGCCUUUUGUCGCACUUUUUUUGAAAAGGAAACGUGUUAAUCUUUAAGUGAUGCCUAUCCAGAGGCAUGCACUGUGUCUUACGGGGGUUUCGAUAAAGUAAGCAGCACACAACUUGGUCAAUGCUCAUUAGCAGUCAGCUGCCCCUCUUGCUGUGAGCAUAUAAGUGGUUCCUCAAGGCAUAUUUAACUAAUGCAGAACAAUGUGGCAAACUUGUUUUCUUUUGUCUUUCCUUUGAUGCCAUUUCCACAGCUAUUCUGAUUCUGUCACUGGAUUAUGAAACAUAUAAUACCCUUUUUUUUUAAGAAAACAUGUUGGAAUGUGCAAUAGGCUUAGCUUAGUAAUGCUUUUGAAAAAAGAUAAUUAUUAUUUAAAACUUGCGUCUCUGUAUAUCACUAAAGGUUGCUGGUAGUGCAUGGGCUGGUGGUGAUCUUAUUUCUCUUCGCUCUCCCUCCCCUAAUCCCCAUUUCUGCUGGAAACCUUUGCUGGUACAGCAUGCGUGGUCCCCAGUGUGGAAAAAUGGUGGCACAUAUCUCCCUUCCGUGUUUGUAAAAUUCCCAUUAGCCUUUCAGCUGUUAGGUAUCUGACCCAUCAGUACAUGGCUAAUAAUAAUGGGUCAUGCACUUAAACUCAAAACAAGGACGUAAAAUCCCGUACUAAAGUUGUGUUUGAUAAUGGUGCUACAUCUCUUUUGAAGCUUUAGUGCUGGACACAUUCCCUCAGCACCAAUUUUAUUUUGCGCCAUCUUCUCAUGCCUUAUUGAGAGGGUUGAUCUGGCAAACUGGGCGAUGUGCUAAGUUAGAUGCUAGUGUUUCUUCUCUGGUGCAUGGGAGCAAAUCCAGUUCUGGAUCUCCUCUUCUAAUUUUCCCAAGAAGUCAGUCUCUUUCAAUACAGUUCAUAGUUGUCUUGGACUUACUGUACAAAAUUGUCCCUAAUUGACACUAAACUUAAAACCUCACAAAGGGCCAUAUUGUGACUGAUGUGGAACCCAGGAAAAAGUCUCUGUUGUAGUAGGGGCAUGUUGCAACUGUGUCACGCACUUAGAACAGAGAGGAGAGGAGAGUAGGUUAAAGCUUAGUCUAUAUCUAAGGCAUACUGUGCCUGCCUUGGAGCACUUGAAAGGUCAGUGUAGGUCAGUGUGUUUUCCCCAUACCUUUGUGGACCUUAUGAGCAUUUAGUCCUGACAAUGGGUGCCCGGAGUGGAAAACGUUCCUUUUGUACAGCACUCAGUCCUUGCCUUGAAAAGUUCACUGAGUUCAUAAAAAUUGUUUUUUAAAAGAUGGUGACAUUCAGCUGGCCUAAUUCAAGAUCAAAGUUUAAAGGGAACUUGCUGCUUUCAGUUCUGCUGAGCUACAGCCUACACUACACCCUUAUACCUUUGGUUUUUACAAAAAAGAGGGAAGGGGGAAAGACUCUUUCCUUGCUAUGAAAUCUCUGUUUGAAGCUUGCUGUGCUGAUUUAGUUGCUUGCUUUAAACCUUGAUGCUGUGGCUUCUCCGAAUCUAGUUUAGAAUAUCACUGACCAUUUGGUUGUGUUGCGUCAGUGAUGGACUGGAGCAUGGAGAGAGGAGUUGAUAAAAUUGUGGGUUAGAGUGAAACACUAGUUUGCAUUCAUUUCAAAGUUGGUUUGUCAGAAUUGGGUUAGGAUUGUAUGGGCUGCAGAAUAGUCUGCACAUUUGGUUUGGUUCCAGUGGAGUCUGUUAGCAGGACGGAUAUCUCAUUCCCUCAGUCAGAUGGGGCUGAAUAUAAAUUAAAAGUGAGUUAAAAAUAUUGCCCUAAAUCAUGCUUGGAAUUGCAACUGCUAUUAUGAAGACUUGGAAUACAUUAACUGUACCAGUAUGAAACUGUUGUGAAUUAAAAUACAGUUUACACAUACAGAUGUCAUUCUGUGAUUACCUCACAGGAAGGAAUUUGGUUUGUGCACUGCUCCAUUCAGACCCUGCAGGGCCAGAUUUAAUCUUCAAGUUUGAGCUUAGCCCUCUGAUCUCAGAUGAUGCAGCAGUUUGACUGCUGGGAUUGAAUUCCCCUCUCAACUAGUAUCCCUUAAUACCGGGCUUAACUCAUUGUUAAUGGACUUCAUGGAGAAGUAGUACUUGCUGAUUUGCUAUGCAAAGAAUAUUCCCUAGAUUGCAACACCAAAUGUUAGGAGAGGUGGGGGGGGGGCAACAAGGGAGAAGGACUAAAUCCCUAAUACAAGUAUUUAUAUUGUGUAUAGUCAUGCCAAGCACUCCUUGAAUUUCUUCGAUUCACAUUCUCUGUGUCAUGUGGGCUAGUAGCAGGGUGAGUCAAAAGAGGGGAAUGUGCCAUUGGUUCGGUGGGUGGGAGUUGUUACUGGCUUGGAUUAUUACCCAUGAUGAAACAUAGCAGUGGCCCAUGUCAAAGGGCUUUUUCUUAACUGAUGUCUUUGGGUGAUGGGCCUUUCAGGCAGGAUUGACAAAAUGAUAACCUACCCCUAGAGUGUCAAGCCAGGUAUUCCAAACUAUCUGCCGUGCAACUUUACUGAUUGUAUGUUGACUGCAGUUAGAAUCCCCAAAGAAGCCUUUUAAUGUUAUGAAUCCUGGAAGUCUGAAAUCUGAAUAGAAAACACUAGAUCUGUUGCCAGUCAAGGGAAAAGACAGAAGAAUGUUUUGAAUUUUGACCCAUUUGCAGUGACAAGAGGGUCUCUUGUCACUACUAACAGACUGCUGUGCAAAGUUAAAAAUCACACAACACCAGAUUAUAGUCCAACAGGUUUACGUGGA